GUAUAUAAGGAGGCACUGUGAAUGAAAGCUCAGAGUAAAGCUUCCAGUUGAUGUCCAACAUGGCUCGUAAUGUGGCAGUGACCUCCCUCCUCGUGGCUCUGUGCCUCAUAGCAGCAGUUGCUGGACACAGCACGUAUGGCAUUGGCGGACAUAGACCUGUUGUCCACAGCAGUGGAGUGCUGGGUGGUGUUCACGGAGGUGUCCACGGAGGUGUCCUUGGUGGUGUCCACGGCGGUGUCCACGGAGGUAGUGUUCAUGGCCUAGGACUCGUAGGCUCUGGCAUCCACGGCGCUGGAUCCUUCAACACCGCUCAUUACCCUGGUAUUGUGCCUGGUUACAGCUUCUACGACCAAAGACCCGUGCUCGGAUACAACAGCUGCAAGUACUGGUGCAAGAGUAAUUAUACCAACAAGUACUACUGCUGCCAACGUCCUUACCAAGGAUAGACUCACAAUUUUUUACUUUGAAAGUAUUUAUUUGCUGACUUUUUAUGAUCCCACAAAAUGUUUUAGUACCCCAAGAAUAAAGUAUAUUCUCACGACUCCGUU